GUUUUGAGAGCAAGGUUGCAAGGUUGUGGCUUGAUGGGUUGCGGCAUUUCGGCGUUGAAAAUUUUCACGGCAAAGUUCGAGAGCCAGACUAGAGAAAUGGACCCACUUAAAGCAACGUCACUACCGCACUUAAUAUCCACCGCCAAAUCCUCAUCAAUCCUACUAUAUAACAGUAUAUCACAUUCUUGUAGCUACCUAAUGAUUUUAGAUGAUAUUUGAGAAUAUCCUCAGAGAUUCUUUUCAACCUCAAUAUCGAGUUGCAUCAUCUGUAUCCCCACAUCUUCCCACCCUAUUUUUUAUUUUAAAAUGCUGGUAUGUCACAACCCCGGUCAAGGGGGAGGAAAAUCCCGCAAAAAAGACAAAGAUUUCCCAUGAGAGGACAUCUCAUGCUUUGGACGAGCUGGGAAUCGAACCCAGGACCUUUCGCAUACACUGAAGUAUGCUAAGCGAACGCUCUACCAACUGAGCCACACGCCCUUGACUUUGAAUGUAAAUAGCAGGUGGAAUUGUCUUUAUGAAGGUCCUCAGCAGGAUAGAGAAGCGGAAGCGGUGUUAUUCACACCCUUUUUCGGACAACUGUCUUGGUAGAGCACCCCCUUCCCGUGGUCACUUAGAUGUGAUCUGAGCAAGUCAUCCUGAGUACCAUAUCAGAAAUGGUGGGUUUGCUGUUGUCGAAGGCACCGAUGUGACCUGGACUACUUCUUUUUAAUCCCGUCUCGAUGGCGUGAUGCAAUCGUAGUGCCCAAUGACAUUAUGUCACCUCCCAGUCCCCGCAGAUAGACCUUAAAGAUACCCGGAUACCUGAUUUUUAGGACAAGGACAGGCUCUACACCUGAGUCUUGUUUGAGAAGACCAUCGCAGAGAGGAGAGUUGCAGCUUCCACUGGAUUCACAACCCAUCUUACUCCAGCCUAACAUGGAAACACGCAGCGAUUCUUCGGCUCCCAACCCGGACUAUGAUCUUUCAAGGCCUCUCAAUCUCGAUGGCAGUGGUCUUAGGCAAAAGCUCGCCUCUUAUGGAGAUCCACACUUCUCCCUCUUCAUGCGCAAACUCUUCAUCAAGGCUUUAGGGUACAGCGAGGACGCUCUUUCUCGGCCCAUUGUGGGCAUUGUCAACACCUACUCAAGCUUCAACCCCUGCCAUGCCAACAUACCCCAGCUAAUGGACGCCGUGAAAAGGGGCGUUCAACUAAGCGGUGGCCUGGCUAUCGACUUUCCUACUAUCAGUCUCCACGAGUCUUUUGCCUCUCCGACCAGCAUGUAUCUUCGAAACUUGAUGAGUAUGGACACCGAGGAGAUGAUUCAGGCCCAGCCGGUUGAUUCUGUUGUUCUGAUUGGUGGCUGUGACAAGACCACUCCAGCUCAGUUGAUGGGGGCCAUCUCAGCCAACAAGCCGAUCAUCCAUCUGGUGACUGGUCCGAUGAUGCCGGGCAGCUUUCAGGGUGCACGCAUAGGGGCUUGUACAGACUGUCGCAAUAACUGGGCCAAGUUCCGUGCCGGCACGUUAGAUAUUGAAGACAUAAGUGCUCUCAACGAGGAGCUUGCACCAACAGGCGGAACCUGUGGGGUGAUGGGUACAGCAUCAACCAUGUCCUGUAUCCUUUUGGCCUUGGGCCUGAUGCCGCUUUCUUUGCCAAGUGCUACAGCACCGGCCGUGUCCUCUUCGCGCCUCAGAAUAGCAGAAGCAACAGGCACCCAUGCAGUAGCCCUCGCAAGAUCUCAGCUCCGGCCACAGGCUUUACUGACAAGAGAAUCCUUCCUCAACGCCAUCACAGUCCUGCAGGCAAUAGGUGGCUCCACCAACGCCAUCGUUCACCUGAUGGCAAUCGUCAACCGCCACCCUCAGCUCGCCGGCUCCAUCAAGCUACAAACCAUCGACGACAUCGGCCUCAAGACCCCCCUACUGGUUGACCUCAAACCAUCAGGCGACAAUUACAUGACUGACUUUCACAACGCCGGCGGGAUGCUCGCCCUCCUCCACGAACUGAAACCCUUGCUACAUCUCGACGCAAUGACCAUCACCGGCCGCACCCUAGGCGAGGAGUUGGCUUCCAUACCAUUCCGCCCACUACCCCUAGACUCACCACUCAGUUCCAUCAUCCACCCUUUCAACAAACCAUUGUACCCCUCCAGCUCCCUCGUCAUCCUCUCCAAAGGCAACCUCGCCUCCGCCGGCGGAGCGGUGAUCAAAGCUUCUGCCUCCAAAGACCGCAGCCUCCUUUCCCACACCGGUCCCGCGGUGGUGUUUUCCGGUCCGCAAGACCUAGCAGAGAGAAUCGACUCCCCAAGCCUCAGCGUCAGCCCCUCCUCAGUGUUGAUCCUCCAGAACAUCGGCCCGGUAGGGAAUCCAGGCAUGCCAGAGGCGGGAUUGAUCCCCAUCCCGAGGAAGCUAGCUGCGAAGGGGGUGUCGGAUAUGCUCCGCAUCUCGGACGGGCGCAUGAGCGGCACGGCCGGGGGUACAAUCAUAUUGCAUGUUUCCCCCGAGAGCGCGGAUCCGGAGUCUGUCUUGGGGAUUGUCCAAGACAGGGAUGUGAUCACCUUUGAUGCAGAGAGGAGAUAUUUACAUGUGGAGAUUGAUGAGGACGGGGUCAGGGACAGGAUGGCGCAGCGGAAGAAGAUGAUGGCAAGUGAGGGCAGUGGGAGUGCUUGGGUUGCCAGGGAGAGGGAAAGGGGUUAUAGGGGGCUGUACAAACGGGAGGUUAACCAGGCAGAACAAGGGGCUGAUUUUGGCUUUUUGACGGCUGCUGGCCCAUCUUGAAGCCCUGAGAGAAGUUUGGAGAGCGUGACGUUCAUUUAGGGAGUUAGUGCCAGGAGGACGACACAAAUGUAAACACACGGUUUCAGGGCAACCACCAUCGACACCCCUUCAAAAUUUGCUCUUGACUUCGGAGACCCCCAUCAUUUGCCCAUAGCAUAUGCCGCUAUUUGCAACUAGAAACCUUAGGCAGGGCGGGUUUGCAUUUCUAGUGCACGCCUUCGCCUUUUGAACCCCCCGAGUCAUCUAUCCCUCCUUUCUUAGGGCAUCAAGUCCUGAACAAAAGGCUGGCUCAAGAAGAAAAUUGACAUGGGUUUUCUUCUUUUCUCCCCGGUCUCCAUAGCACAGACAGUAUUCACAUUCAGGAACCAAACAGAAAACCUCCGAACCCGCGGCCCGCCAACCAGGAUCAGGGGAGAAGAACUGAUGUUACUGAGAGCUCCA